AAAAUCAUGGUGGAAUCCACUGCGAGUUUGCUUCUCCUUUUGGUGAUCGAGUACCUUCUGCAUGAAAUAGCCGGCCAGCAGUGUAGUACGAUUGGCAUCAAUGGAAUAGCUGGCUGCCAGUGCAAUCUAAUGGAGGCCUGUGACGAAGAUGGAAAACCAAAGUCCACUUGGGCUCAAUACUUGCCAACCGGUGUGGAUCAGUUCGGGCUUGUCGAUGGAGGACACCAAAACUUGGCGUAUCUCUGUGAAGUUGGUGCAGUUGCAAUUCUCUAUGACUGCAACAACCGAAUUCCUCUCUUCGCGGCCACGGUAAUUACAGGCGCCCAAUUAUUAGGACGUGACUUCGGGCGUCGACCGCCCGCUAAUUUUAGAAGAAGCAGUCUAAAAUGGCUCUCUCUAAAAUUUCAGCAAGUAGGUAAAGAUUAUCUUCGAGCAAUAAACCGAGAGCUUUGCUAUGUAACGAGGAGAGGAGACAGGUACCUCGUUGACAAAGACUGGGUUAUUUCAAGUGGACACAAAAGCCGUUUCCGUACUCAAGACUGUCCUAGAGGAUCGUUGGUCAAAACAAUAAUACACCGCGGGCACUUGAUUGCCUCACAGUACGGCCGUAAAAAUCCAAAAAAGAAAGCAGCAACUUUUACUUACACCAAUGCUGUCCCUCAGUUUGGAUUGUUUAACUCCCAUCCUUGGCAAGUCUGUGAGAGACGCUUGCUAAUGUGGGGAACUCAGAAUUGUGCGAAAGUAAAAGGAGCAACGCAAGUUCAAUUAUUCAUAGUGGUUGGCGCCAUGCCAUCGACAGUAUUUAGUCCACUUAAACAUCGAUAUUUUGGCAAAAAAGGAUUCAGCGACUACAUGGACAAUGUUUACCGGGUGAAUGUGCCAAAACACAUGUGGACUGCUGCUUGCUGUAGGUACAAAGCUAAGCGAGUCUGGAAGUAUCACAGCACGGCCUCCAAGAGGGAAAAUAAUCCGGGAAUGGAACCAUGUGUUACGUCAGAUAUUGGCAAGUUAUCGCAAUGGUUGUUCCAAUCAGUAAGAGGUGGGACUCGUGUAAAUUUAUUUCCGGAGACUCCCCAGUGCAAUAAGAAGGAUAACUUUAUUCCUUUAUGGUGAUGCAAAAACUGGACACUGCUAUUUUAGAUAAGAAGGACGUUAGGAAAGCGACGCUUUCGUGAUCAUUACUCAUGUAAUAGGACUUGAAACACCUGAAGCCUUGUAAUCACAGUGUACUAGUGUUAUUUCUGUUCACGGAAAAAAAUCCUCUUUAAAACUAACUUCGUAAACUCGAUAUUUUGAAAAACCAUUUUCGUUGUUAAUUUUCGACCUCUUGUUAUGUAUAUAUAUUAGCUAGUAACAGCACAGUCGCAUAAUCGUAUAUCUGCAGAGAACAUAAGACAGCGGGACAUACUGUGCGACAACUGCAACAACCUCCUCUCAUUAGUUAGGUUCUUUUUGCGAGUAUCGUUAUUCGUCAGGUGACCUGAUCAUUUCUAGUGCAUGUAGGUUUAGUAAGACUUCUUAAAUUUACUGAAUUCAGUAAUCUCUGUGAUUUUAUAAAACAGGACUUGCGAAUCUAAUCCUUAUCUCUGACAUCUCUGGCCGGUUCAGUUUAGUGGCAACUGCGUCCAAUAGGAGGCGAGGCCUCAUAUGUCGUCGAAACGAGUGAGUGAUGCUAACAAUAGAAUUGCGAUCUUGACCCAAUUUUGACCCGAUGUUUCCCGGUGAUACUUAUUGUUUGUUUCGAAGUAUCUUAGUACUUCGAUAUUCGCACUCGAUACACAAUUGAGUUCUCUCCUUCUGCAAUUUCUGGCUUAUAGCCACUGACACGUUGUAGUAUCAGUUCUUGUCGUGACACUACAAACACCUCAAAAUAAUUUCUCAGUCGCGUCUUCGGCACGUUGAAGACAAGACUCCUUGCGGAAAUAAAUGAAUAAGUGUGAUAUGCA